CAAAACAAGACAAGCCGCGACUGAAUAACCACAUGGGAAUAUCACCUUUUGGCUAAUCCAGGAAAUGAACAACCUGAAAGAACAAGCACCAUGAUGGAUGAGCUGGUGCAGGACCUGGUGUCUGCACUGGAGCAGACCUCAGAGCAGAGCAAACUGGGGGAGCUGUGGGAGGAAAUGGUCUUGAGUCCCCUGCAGCAGCGUCGGCAGAUCCGCCGCCGCAGAGUGCGCAGGCGCUACCGCGAGUCCCCUCUGUAUCUGACAGAGCACAGACGUUGCUGGAUUGAGGCCUCUGAGUCCAGUUUGGACGAGGCUAAACACUACAGGGAGAACUCUUCCUCGACCAUUGCUGCCUCUGUAGCCAACUGCAGUGACUCUGACGACUUGACUUCAACCAACCAGUGGCACUCCGUCAUGAGGGGCCCGGCCAGGACGAGGCAGCCCUCCUGGCCAGAGUCUGACUCCUUCAGUGAGAAUAAUCCAGGACGGCCACUCAGGAGGCGAAGGAAGGUCAAACGUAUGACCUCAGGCGUCACGGUCAGGCUAAAGCAGAAGUUAAAUGUUUCGGGUGUGGAUGGGAAACGGAGGUACAGGCCAUCUAGGAUGGAGCAACUGUCGGGAUCGAAGAAGCGGUCAGGUGGUUGGAUGGGAGCAGAAAGACAGACUGAAGGAGCCAGGCUGAUGGGAAAGGAAUGCUGGAAGAGGAAGAUGGCCAAGGAGCACAGAGAUGGUGCAGAUGAAAACAUGUCUGAAGGUGAAACCAGCAGCACAUGCAGCAGUGACCCUGGUCUUUUCACCAACGAUGAAGGAAGACAAGGCGAUGACGAGCAGAGUGACUGGUUCUUCGAGGGGGACUGUGGAGCUGGGACAGGCAUGGCAGGCUUGUUGCCCAACUGGGACUCAGACAACCAGCUUUCCCUUGAGGAUAACCGCCCAUCGCCCACCUUUCUGCAACCUGCACGGCCCUCUCAGAGAAGGUAUCAUUCACGUCUUAAACAACUGCCUGGCUCUGCUGCCUGCUGCAUCAGGAAGGAUAGGAGGAGGAUUCCCAGCAAGGGCAACAGCAUGCCAGUGUUUGUAGAGAGACUGAGACAUUUCUCCCAAGAUCCUUACCAGAGAGACUUUUGGCUGCCUUCUGUUGGAAAACGAGACCGAAGCCAGUUGAACCCUUUGUGCCCAUUACCCGUGUGUCCUAUUGACAUGGUGUCAGAGAGCUCCCAUCUCAGAUCUUCCUCUUCAAUCUGCAGAAACAGGAAGACUAACAUCACCCCAGGGCUGUCAUGCACAGGACACUUCAGGAGUAGGGAAACAGAAGCUGUGUCCAUCACAACAUCAGCUAGCAACCCAUUUCAUAAGGAUCACCAGAGAGAAGAGGCACAGGGAGCCAAUAACACCUCAACCCUAGAGGCCGUGGGGGCAGCCAGUGCAGCAGGUUCCCAGUCUUUUGCUCAGCCUGAAACUUUUUCUCCAGGGGGGCCAUGAGGACACCUGAAAACUGGACAAGCACCCAAGCUUGGGAGAACGUGAAAAAAAAAGGAAAUCUGUUGUGCCUGAGAAAAGGCUUCAACUCCUCUUGCUGCACAAAAUUUAGGACAAAGAAAAAAUACAAAGCACAUCAUCAAAUCAGCAUGUUACUGCUAGAUCCAGUCUUUCCGGGUAGUAUACUAAGUACGGCAAAUGUUAAUGCAAUCAAGCCUCGUUAAGCCCUCCGUCAUCUCCUCAAGGAAGACGGCAGCGUCAAGAGGCUCCUCGUUUAACUCAAGCCUCGGCGGCUCCUCCUGUUUCCACACACAUAGUCUCCAGGCCACCUGCCACCAUACAAUCCAACAAUUAUGUCCACUGUUGUAGCGCAGCGUUUGUCAGCGGGAACACUGGGAGGAUGGUCAGGUGAGGCUGGGUGGCUGCUGGAGGCUGGGUGGGGGGGGGGCAGCCAACAAUAGCUGUGCUGCAGCACGUAGCCAACUCUGAGACAGGAGCACAUCAGAAUGUUUAGCUGCCACAUGCUGCUACCGGGUUCAGUGAGGCGACCACCAGUAGAGAGCCACACAAAGUACAGGCCUCCUAUUAGCAUUGAUUUGAAAAGCUACAGUUUGUACAAAGGUGCUCAUUAGCACAACACAGAGGGAGCGUAGUCGCGGUCCGUGGAGGGCCGUCUCUGUUCUCUCCAGCUUACCUUCCAUAUUCAAAUUUCCCCCAAACGUAUUUAAGUUGAAGGCCGGCUACAAAAUCUGUUUGAACAGCCUGUUUUUCAGCGGUGGUGGAUACGUUGCUUGUGGAGCUGUGCAGACGGUGGAUGAGAGCCAGCAGAGCGGGGUUGGAGGAGCUCUUGGAGACAGUAGAGGAGGGUUGUACACGGUAUUUUCACCUACCCUUGGGGUAUACAUUUCCCUGGCUCCCUCGGCAUCAGAUGCAUUAAAAGAUCAAUGGCAGCAUACAGUGAGAUCAAACACAACAGUUCUCGCCAAGCUGGUAAACAAGCAGAAAAAUGCAUUUGCUGGAGUCAAGUGAUGUGCAUUCUGCUUGACAUGAACCAUAUGGGUGAUAACUGUUAUAGGCUUUAAAACAUGAACAAAAACUCCUGCGUACAACCACGUCAUCUCUGUUGUAGUCUCAUCAGGUGUUUUGCAAUAAAACAUCAACCUGAAGGGAAACAGCAGAGUGAUUUUGGUUCUGACUAAAUAAGUUUUUUUGUUGUUAAAAAUGAGACGUAUUAAAAACCCUCUUGACGGAACAGGUACGCACUUUUGUAUAAUGAUUGCAGGAUAUCUUUUUAGUGAAAUUAACUGCAUAAUCAUCAGCCACAUAUCGCAUGUCUUUUCAGACACUUUAAAGCCUUAUUUAAGAGAAGAAUCACAUUUAGUAGAAUGAGAUUUGCCAAUUAACGUGAGUUAUACGUCUGCAAUAAUCCGUCUGAGAAGGCUUUAUGUGAUCAUGUUGGCCAGGGAUGACAUUUAUAAAUGCUGUGUGUGCACACUCGUCUAAAUGGAUGCCUCACACAAGACAUCCUGCCACAGGAAUCAGUCAAAGUGUUGAGGCAGAGAGCACCCCCAACCCCACCCCCCACCCCCACC